AUGUUCUCAGGCCUAGGCCAAACGCAGACUGGCGCGACUGGCGGUAGCAUGUUCGGAGGAGCACCUACAACCACAACUACUCAAGCACAGCCAUCCAGCUUGUUUGGUGGAGGAGCCACGGCAGGCACUGGUACCAGCACUACCCAAGCAGGGACAGGUAGCUUGUUCGGCGGUGGAUUGGGAGCUACUUCUACGGCCCAGACUCAGCAGAAACCUGCGUUGGGUCUCGGUGGUCUCGGCGGUGGCUUGGGCGCAACUACAGGCGGUGCCUUCGGCAACACUCAAAACACCCAACAGCAAUCCCAACAACCUCAAAAGCCAAGUCUUGGGCUAUUCGCCAACACCACCACUACACAACAACCGCUGCAGCAAAGUACCGCCACAGGGAACGUAGUUCCGGGCGUGAAGGUCGAUCUCACCAACCUCCUCCCCACCACCAAGUACGAGAGCUGCGCCGAUGAGCUUCGCCGCGAGAUUGAGAAUAUCGACAACGCCAUUCUCGAACAAAUUCGGAUGUGCAAUGAGGUUGCCGACAUACUCCCUACCAUCGAACAGCAGGGCUCUACCAUUCCCAACGACGUGGAGUUCGUGCAGGGCAAGCUAGAUACCAUUCAACAUGCUCUUGAGAAUGACGCCAGCGAUAUUGACCAACUCCGAGGACUCGUCACCCGUGAUGCGGCCGAAGCUCAGGUUGCUUUCCGUGCGAUCGACACCCUGAAACUGCCCAUGCAAUAUCAGUCCUCAGGAGGCGGCGGCUGGUGGUCAGUGCAUGAUCAAAAGGUUCCAGACCGCGGGUCAUUGCGAUCAACUCGAAAGAAUACUUUGGCGCUCCCUGAUGACGUGGAAGUCGAUCCAUCCACUGCUAAUACCGUAAACGGUGUGCCCGUGAACCUGGUGGAUUACUUCUCCCAGCGCUCUGACGAGAUGGGUACUGUCCUCGGUCGCUACAAGGGCAACCUGAAGGAGAUCGAAGACCACUUACACGGAGUGGAAGUCAAUUUGAACCGCCAGAUCCACGACUUCGUCAGCUCCAGGUCUCGUGAUGGAUCUGGUGCCGGGACCCCGAAGUCCGCGGUCAAUGACCUGGCGGCUGUCCUGGGUGAUGUUGAAGCUGGAAUUAUGGGUGUUGCUGCUCGACUAGGCGGUGUUACCGAGCAGGUUCAGGAGGUGAGCCUAGGUCCAUUAGGUCUGGGUGACCGAAUGUGA